GAAAGCGGAGAACCGAUGGAAUUAACAGCAACCCCGCCGCUAGGAGCCAACCAACCAGAGAAAAUCCACGCCCGCCCAACUCCUAUCGCCCUCCUCCCUUUCCUUCUAUACAAAGAACUACAGAAGAAGAACCGUUUGCAUCAGUACUGCUUUAAAUUUCCAAGGAAGCAAUCCACAAGCCGUCGCCCGGCGGCUAAUGGGCGGGUGCUACUCCUCCCCUUCCAUAACCACCACUCGCCCCCCUCCCAAAUCCCUCUUCCUCCUCCCCUCCACCGCCGACUCCGAUGACGAAACCGAAAUCCCUUCCCGCUGCUCCUCCAUGGUCGCCCCCAUUUCCCCGAAGUCCCCUGUGUCCGUCCUUUCUAACCCUGCCUCCAUCGUCGAUUUCCACCGCCAAUACCGCCUCGGCCGCGAGCUAGGCCGAGGUGAAUUUGGCGUGACGCGUCUCUGCUCCGACGUCGAGACAGGCAGGGCUUUGGCUUGCAAGACAAUUUCGAAGCGGCGAUUGCGGAGCGCUGUAGAUGUUGCUGAUGUCCGGCGGGAGGUGGAAAUCAUGCGCCAUUUGCCGCCUCACCCUAACCUGGUAAGGUUCGUCGAUGCAUACGAGGAUCAGGACUCUGUCCAUCUUGUUAUGGAGUUAUGUGAGGGUGGGGAGCUCUUCGACCGUAUUGUUGCUCGCGGCCAUUACUCCGAGAGGGCAGCGGCGAUUGUUGUCAAUACUAUUAUGGAGGUUGUCCAG